AUGUCCAUGAUGAAGGCAGAUAUUCGAUGGAUUCUGUAUUUCUUUGUACUUUGCAAGAUGGCUUGGUCUGUGACGCGAUAUUCUAUACCAGAGGAGAUGGAGCGCGGGUCGGUUGUUGCAAAUCUAGCCGCUGAUUUGGGACUGGAUAUUAGUGGACUAGCAGAGCGAGAGGUAAAACUUGAUAUUUUCCAUAAUAAGAAAUAUCUUGAUGUUAAUAAAAAGACUGGUGAGCUAACUGUUGUAGAGAAAAUCGACAGGGAAUAUUUGUGUCCUGCAAAAACCACAACGUGCUUUCUAAAGUUAGACUUAAUAAUUGAAAGCCCAUUGCGAAUAUUUAAUAUUGAACUGGGCAUCACAGACAUCAACGACAAUGCGCCUCAUUUCCGACGAGACAAAAUCGAAUUGGAUGUCUCAGAGUCCGCAUCACCCGGGGAGAGAUUCUCUUUGCCUAACGCCUUUGACCCGGACGUUGGUGCUAAUACCGUUAAAACCUAUAAACUAAGUGAAAGCGAUCACUUUAAUGUUGAUAUACAUUCUGGAAGUGACGGAACAAAAUAUGUGGAUUUGGUUCUCAUGAAGGCUCUAGACAGGGAGGAGAAAGCCAUUCAUAAUCUAAUACUUACUGCAAUUGAUGGCGGAGUCCCUGCGCGCUCUGGCACAGCUAGUAUUAUUGUGCGCGUUCAGGACACAAAUGACAACGCCCCUCAAUUCGACCAGGCAGUUUAUUCUCUUAACAUUAGUGAAAAUUCUCCAGUUGGCACUCUCGUUAUUAAAUUAAACGCAUCUGAUACUGAUGAGGGCUUAAACGCAGAACUUACAUAUUCAUUUACCCUUUACACCUCUGAGAAAACGCAAGAGAUGUUCUCUUUGAAUGCAAACACAGGCGAUAUAGCAGUUAAGGGCAUUAUUGAUUAUGAAGAUAUGAAAAUAUUUGAGAUGUUCGUUGAGGCUAAAGACAACGGCCCCGUCCCACUUGCAGGUCAGUGCAGAGUAACGGUGUAUGUCACUGAUAUGAAUGAUAACUAUCCUGAAAUAGCAAUAAAAUCUCUUAAGAAUACGGUGGACGAAAACAUCCCAGUCGGCUCUGUUAUAGCUUUGGUGGCUGUUAGUGACAGAGAUACGGGGGAAAACGGAAAUGUGAAUCUGACAAUGAACAGGCUGUUGCCGUUUGUUUUAAAUAAAUCAUCGGAUAAUCUUUACGAGUUAUUGGUAUCUAAACCUUUAGAUCGUGAAAUGGUCCCGGAAUACGAGAUCACGUUGAUUGUGACUGAUGGAGGGAACCCCCCCUUAUAUGAUAAUGAAACUAUAACGGUGCAUUUGCUGGAUGUGAAUGAUAACGCGCCACAAUUUCCCCAGUCGUUCUACACGAUACCUGUUAAGGAAAAUAACGCACCUGGAGCAUUAGUGAGCUCUUUAACUGCUAUAGACCCAGAUCUCAAUGAAAAUCAAUAUCUAGUCUAUUUUAUAAUAGAGAAGGAAAUAGUGAACACCUCCAUGUCCAUGCUAUUCUCCAUCAAUCCAGAGAACGGCAAUCUUUACGCGCUAAAAACGUUUGAUUAUGAGAUAGAGAAGGAGUUUCUUUUCCACAUCGAGGCCCGAGACUCUGGUGUCCCUCCGCUCAGCAGUAACGUGACCGUUCACAUUAUUAUUAUGGAUCAGAACGACAACACGCCCGUUAUAGUGUCUCCAUGGCGCGCGCACGGCUCUGUGGUUGAGGAAAAGAUCCCGAGGUCCACCGAUAAGGGAACUCUGAUAUCCAAAGUCAUUGCGAUAGACUCUGAUUCAGUGCACAACUCACGAAUCACGUACCAGUUUCUCCAGAACACUGACGCUACAUUAUUCAGCUUGGAUCAGUACAACGGAGAGAUUCGCACCACGAGAAUGUUCAGCUACAGAGACUCGCGUCACCAGCGCCUGGUGGUGAUCGCUAAGGACAACGGAGAGCCCGCGCUUUCUGCUACAGUCACCAUCAAACUGUCUACGGUGGAGAUCGCCCUUAAAACAUAUGCUGACAUGACUGAAGUGCCUUUGGAAUAUGACAUCUUCUCAGAUUUAAAUCUGUAUCUGGUGAUCGGACUAGGCUCGGUAUCAUUUCUGUUACUCAUCACCAUUUUGGUCACCAUCGUUCUCAAGUGUCAGAAACCGAAGCCCAGUAAAGCGGCUCCUUCCUGCAGGAACAGUGUUAUCAGUGAGAGGAACUCGACCAUCGCAGACUCCACUCUGGUCUCCAACGAUGCCUACUGGUACAGUUUAUUUCUAGCGGAGACGAGGAAAGGAAAGCUGGUGGUUAGACAGCCUGUGCCAAAGGGCGCGAGAUACAUCGUUUCCAGUAUACCGAGGAGCACCGGAAUGACUGAGACCAGCGACUCUGCUGCAUCUACUCUACAGGUAAUAAAAACUUAAUUUAAAUAACAUUUA